GGAACACGGAGAUAAGAAGUGUAUGAAAACGACAUCAAAGGAGAUGCAGAUCAAGAAAAUGUUGAAUAGAUCAUUGUUAGCUUGGAGAAGCUUACAGAGAUAAGAUUUAAUCAGGGACUGAUAGUCAUGUAUUGUGCUGACCCAACAAGGAUGUUUGUCAGACAAAUAUCUUUAAAACACUUUCUGAUAUUCUUGCGAUUACUGGCAGUAAUGCAAUUAUUUUUUAAAGUUUUCUUUUAUUUUGUAAUUACUUUAGUGUAAAUUCCCCAGUUGCCAUGGUCAGAUGCAAACUGGCGUCUGUGGAGCAGGGGUUCGAGAAUUCUGGCUGCUGGUCUAAUGGGAUUAUAUUUCCAAUAUUUCUCUUCAUUUUGUUCUCUGUCAAUUUGUCACGAAUGUUCCCAAUGAUUGAAUUCUGUAAAAUCUACUUGGAUCUAAUUGAUAGAAAUGUUGGGAAUUUUUUGUCCUUUCUCCCUUUAGAGGAAAAAACAAUACAGGCAAAAAAUGUGUUUAGGGAUUAGUUGUACGAAGAUCUUAAAUCAGCCAGCUACUCCCCCAAAAAAUGAAUGUAUUUUAUAAAAUGGGAGAGAGUAAAGGGGCCAUCUAUCCCAAAGGGGCGGCCUAAUCCACGAGGUCUGGCGAGUUUGCCCUCAACUCAUACUCGCAGCAUGGUCGACCCGAGGUCCUAGGAGGUCUUUGUAACUCCUUCAUGCUCGAGAGUAGUUCCCGUGUACUCGAGGUCUCAGCUAUUUGCGGCGUAUUUUUCAACAUGUUGAAAAAUGCCCCUGAGUAAAAAAGGUCGCCAUGGGAAAAAUCGAUCCUUUUUUUACUCGUAGUAGGUCGGCAUGUUAUUCGUAGGUAAUCGAGGGUAGUCGAAGGUAAUCGAAGGUAGUCGAAGAUAGUCUUCAACAUAGUCGAAGGGAGAUCGAAGGAGGUCGUCUUCACUCCCCACUGUUCGGUGUCCAAUUUUCCUGAAGCUAGUCGAAGCUGGUCUUCAACAUAGUCGAAGGAGGUCUUCAACAUGAAAUUUUUUCAAACUCUCCUAAACUCACCAAUCAGGUUGCCGCAAUGGGACAGCCCCUUACGUUUGUACAUAGCGCUCAAACUGUGGGCACACUAGGGUCAUUUCUGUCAUUUAUAUUUACAUUAUGCUCUCCCUUUAAAAUCAACCAAGUGAUUUCAUCUGUAAUUUAUCCCUGUUGCAAGCUAGGCCACGCCCCCAGAAAUAUUAUCUUCGCACUAUUCAUGUAGCACCCACUCUCUCCCUACAACUUAAAACUAACUUUUUUUCUCUCCUUCACAUAUCCAAUGAAGGGCACUUAACCUGGAACCUUAAUAUUGUUUUCCUUUGCACUGAUGCUGCCUGACCUGUUGAGCAUUAGCCCCAUUUUCUGUUGUUUGUUUUAAUUUAUUUGUUUAUAAUUUUAUUUGACGAUUCUUUGAUUCCUCUGCAAAAUACUUUCUGUUGAAGUAUUUGAUGAGACCACACCUGGAGAACUAUGUGCAGUUCUGGUCACCUGGCUUUAGGACAGAUGUCAUUAAGGUGGAAAAGAUGCCGAAGAGAUUCACUAGAAUAUUGCCGGAGCUGAGUACCAGGGAGUGGCUGGAUAGGCAGGGACUUUUUUCUUUGGACCAUGGAAGGCUGAAGGGCGGUCUCGUUGAUCUGUUCAAGAUCACCAGGAAGAGGGACAUGGAUAAAGUGAAAGCAUACUAUCGUCCCAGAGUUGAGAGUUCUAAAACAAGUGGACAUAACUUAAGGUGAGAGGAGAGAGGUUUCAGGGGGACCUCAGCGGCAUCCUUUUCAUUCAGAUGGUUGUCUAUAUCUGGAAUGAGCUGCCAGAGGAACUAUGGAAGAGGAUGCAAUUAUAACUUUCAAAAGACAUUUGGAUAGGAAAGGUUUAGAGGGACGUGGGCCAAAUGCAGAAUACCAACUGAUCAACAUGCAGCUCCCUGACUCUAGUUGGCACCAGCCCUGCACUGCACCCGCUGGAAGUGGCCAACUCCCCGCUAAGGACUGUACAUUGUGCGCCUGGACACAUUCAGGACAGCACUCCCCGCCUCUGGCCGCCUUAGGGCUGCACACUGUACAAACUCACACCAAGGGAUAUUGAGGGAGAUCCUUCACAAUGCUUUUCAUUGGAUGGCGCAGUAGAACCGAAUGGCCUCCUGCUAAUGUACUAGUUUCAUAGUCACUGGCCCGCUGGAGGCUGCGCACUCUGACACUGGUCAGUCUUGUCAAUGACUCCGGUUCAUCAUAGACAGUCUCACACCGGCCAGUCCCGUCCCCUUACACCGGCCAGCCCCGCACUCUGCCUCUCUCCCAGCAGCUCUGCAGCGGCGACAUGGGUUGAGCGCAGCCGCUUGGUGCAAUGCGCCGUCUGACGGUCUCCCGGGGACCGGCCGGGGUCCAGUCGCUCUCGUUAAGUCCCCGUCACAGUGUUGCUGCCUGGAGGAGAUAUCGGAGUCAAGGUGGCGCCUGGGGGCCGGAGAAAACUAAAACUCUGCCCCGGUGCUGAUGCCUCCAUCGCCCUUCCCGGGACCGCUCCUGCAGAACCGGGUUCUCGGGACAUCCGAGGGGAACGAUGAACAUAACACACAGAGGGCGGCCAGCAGUGGACUUGGGCUUGCCACAUGGCAGUAACAACUCGACUGCCUGGGGCAAUGCGAGUGAACCCACAGGCGAUCUCCAGGAGCUGAUCCGCACGACCACUCUCGCCACCUGUACCCUCCUGCUGCUACUGACAUUCUGUGUGGGGACCUACGGCAACCUGGUCGUCUUCUUAUCCUUCUUUGAUCCAGUGUUUAGAAAGUUUCGGACUAACUUUGACUUUCUGAUCCUGAACCUAUCCUUUUGUGACCUAUUCAUUUGCUGUGUGACAACACCCAUGUUCGCUUUCAUUUUAUUUUUUGAUUCCGAUAGCAACGUCUCCGAGGUUUUCUGCUUCACCUUUCACCUCACCAGUGCUGGAUUGAUAAUAAUGUCCCUUAAAUCAGUGACAUCGAUAGCUCUCUAUCGUUUGCGCAUGGUGCUUGGUCAGCAGCACAAUACAACAGCUUCUUCUCGCUCUUUAUUUAUCCUAACCACCAGUCUGUGGACCUUAAGUUUCACCCUUGCUAUUCUGACUACCUUCCGGACAUAUCCUGACAGUUCCAGAGUAUGCGUUCCCCUUUUUGGUUGCUCGAAUAGGGAUGGUAGAGUCAUUCUCUAUCUAUAUGUUACAGAUUUUGCAUUUUGCGUGGGAGCCGUAUCGGUUUCCUAUGUGCUGAUAGCUCUUGCCCUGAAGAGAAAUGCACAUGUAAGGAAGUGUGCAUUCGUCACUGUUGAUACAUUAAGGACCAAGUCCCUCAGGAGAACAGACAACGUCAACGCACAGACUGCAGUACAACUUCUUCGCCCAAAUAAGCUCCAGCUCAUGCACACACACUCCCAAGGACGUUCUCGAGUCAAGGCUUCUGAAAAUAGGUUGAGUCGAUCGUCCUCGGUGAAAUUACCAGGCACAAAAGAUUCGAAGGCUGUCGUGACAUGUGUUGUCAUUGUGCUGACGGUAAUAGUUUGCUGCCUGCCAUUGGGAAUCUCCUUCUUGCAAGACGUGUCAACACCGCAGAGUAGUUAUAUUUUAAAUCAGUUUAAGCUUUUUGGAUUCACAUUGAUAUUCUUCAAAUCGGGUCUAAAUCCAUUUAUAUAUUCACGCAGCAGUGCUGGGCUUCGUAGGAGAAUUGCCUGGGACACACAGAGCGUGGGUCUUGCUUGCUGGUGUUGUAGAUAUUGGUUCUGGGCAGUGGGUAAAGGUGGUCUGCAUGCGAAUAGACACAAAUCGUCUCAUCAUGAAAAAAGUUCAGCUUAUAAACUGUCUUCUAGACCACAGGGGACGUUGGCAGAUCAGACUUAUGGACCCAGUCACUCAAUUGGUAGUAUAUUUACCCCCCAAAUGCCCGUUGGCCAUAAUUGUCCACAAAAUAUCUCGAUCCCAAUCAACACAAGUAUUCAAGCUCAAGGUCAGUUUAUUGUCACAUGCACCAAUUAAGGUACAGCGAAAUUGGAGUUACUAUACAGCCAUACUAAGUGAAAAGCAACAAGACACACAACCACAUAAAAGUUAACAUAAACAUCCACCACAGUGGAUUCCACAUU